AUGGAGUUUUCUGGUCCAAACCAACAAGCCUCGUCCCCGCCUCCUUCUUCCCCUCGGGAUGAUCCUAAUGGACACCCUUCGAGCCUAGUUCCAGGUGGCGACUCUGCGAAUCGCAUCAGCCAUCCCAAUGCCCAUCCCGGUGGCAGUUCUGGCCAUGACGCAAAUCACAACAACAUCUAUUCCGUGGGCGAGUCUAUUCAGCACACAAACCAGACCUAUGCCAGUCAUGCUGAAAGCUCUACUUAUCACUCAAACUACCCUACAAACCAUCCCAAUGCCCAGCCGGUCGCCUCUCCCGGGCCAUACAUGAGCAGCCCCAACGCCUACCCAGCUGGCUGGCCAAAGCCUGCAUACCGCCAGCCUCUCGUGGACGUUGACAACCUGCCUGAGCUGGUGACGCAGCCUCCGUCGUACUUCCAUCACGAUGAUAAAGACCAGGACGAAGACUUGGAGGGAAGCGCCAACCGAACUGGCCGCCAGACAGCAUCCAGCGCCCGAGAGCGUCUCAGCCAGAUCUUACCCUCCAAACCUGUCAACCGCCGCUUCGCUUACUUUGUGGUCCCAAUCCUCAUUCUGCUGCUCGUCACUGGCGCUGUCCUUGGUGGACUAUUUGGUAGCGGCGUCUUGCAGCAGAAGGACUCGGGCACCUCAGAUGCAUCGGCCCAAGAACACAGUCUGGACGGCGACUCCAACGUCGAGAUCCGUGCCACCUCCCAGCUCGCUGCCGCAGUCGUCGGCACCUCGGUCUCCAGCUUCACGCUCGUCCUCUUCCAGAACGAUGAUGGCGAGCUCGCCGCCAUCGAGUGGCAGGGCUCCAAGGGCGACGUCUACCUCCUCAAGAACCGCUUCGGCGACGCAAAGCCCCCCAAGCCCAUGGAGCACUCCCCCUUCCACACCGUCACCCUCGGCCCCAGCGGCGAUCUGCACGUCUUCUACUUCGACGACGCCCUGCGCCCUGCCCACAUCGUCCGCCGCGUCAAGAACAAGGAGCCCGUCUCCUGGGAGCGCGGCUCCCUCGUCGUCAGCUCGCAGCCAGACCUGAUCCCUUCCACCACGCUCGGCCUCUCCGUCACCUCCUUCUCCUCCGACUGGCCGGGCAUGGAGGAGGGCUGCAUCGUCCUCGUCUACCACACAAACGCGGCUAACGACUCCCUCGCCUUUGUGACGAGCACCCAGCCCGACGACCCCCAGUCCUGGACCGCCCAUUCCUUCUCCCUCGGCGUCGGAGACAUUGACCUCCAGCUGCAUCCAGAGUCUCCAGGCCUCCUGGUCAUGCCCUUCAAGCGGCGCGGCUCCCCGGGUCUCCGCAUCAUCUGGGACGUCGACAACUCAUCUCACAAAUCCACCUUUGGCAUCCUAGACUGCUUCUUCACCAAGACGCGGGAGCUCGCCAAAUGCAACACGGUUUCAAACCAGUGGGAAGACACCGCCGCCGAAGAGCAAGUCCUCGAGAUGGCCAAGCCGCUCCGCCUCGCCUCCCUCCGCGUCGAGACCGACGACGACGACAAGACCCAGUGGCCCGCCGACCGCUACGUCGUCCGCGUGCUCGACUCCCACGGCAGCCUGACCGAGCUCCUCUGGCGCAGGAACAAGUGGACGAGCCACCUCGCCGUCACCAACGAGACGGCCACCUUCCCAUCCAGCGGCGGCGGCAACGGGACGACGGCCAACUUCACCAGCAUCGCCUCCCCCAACGACGGGCUGCUCUACGCCGUGUCGGGGGGCAAGCUGCUCGAGUUCUCCCGGGAGACGGCGUGGUGGACGCAGGCCGACAACGAGAUCAAGGAGGUCCCCGCGUGGAAGUUCCUUGACGAGGUCGACACCAAGUUAUCCGAGAAUUAG